UCAGUUUUCUCAGCAGGGCCAAACAGUUGGGGCCCACUGCUGCCUCAGGCUACCACCGUUAGAGCCAGUGAGGGCGGAGGGGUGGCCCUGCCCCAACGGCCGCUGCCAUCCAGUCAGACCAGCGGCCUCCAGGAGCUGAGGCAGUGCCCCGGGGGCAGCCAUGCAGGACCCAAACGAAGAUACUGAAUGGAAUGACAUACUCAGACAAUUUGGAAUUCUUCCGCCAAAACAAAACCCGAAAGAUGAAAUUGAAGAAACGGUUUUACGCUUGCAGAAAGAAGCAGAAGUGAAGCCAUAUGAAAGAAUGAAUCUGAAGGAAUUAGAGGAAGCUGAAGAUGAUUUUGAUGAGGCUGAUAGGGAAGCUAUUGAAAAGUACAGGCAGCAACGCUUGCAAGAAUGGAAGUGUCUUCAGAGGAGGCAGAAGUAUGGGGAGCUAAGAGAAAUUUGUGGAGAGCAGUAUGUAAAGGAAGUGACAAAUGCUCCAGAAGAUGUUUGGGUUAUAAUUCAUCUUUAUCGGUCAAGCAUCCCAAUGUGUUUACUGGUUAACAAACACCUCAGCCUACUGGCCAGAAAGUUUCCAGAAGUCAAGUUUCUCAAGGCUGCUGCGAACAGCUGCAUUCAGAAUUACCAUGACAGCUGUUUACCCACACUACUUGUAUAUAAAACUGGUGAAAUAAAAAGCAGGUUCAUUGGAGUAACUCAGUGUGGAGGAAUAUAUCUUAAAGUAGAAGAGCUUGAAUGGAAACUAGCUGAAGUUGGAGCAAUAGAAACUGACUUAGAAGAAAACCCAAAAAAGGGCAUUGUGAAUAUGAUGACACUUCCAGUGCAAAAUAUUCCUGCUUGUGAAGCCACCAAUACAAAAAGCAGCGAUGCAAUGAAACCACAUAUUACAUGAGAAAAUUUUAAUGCA